UUCCCAAGAUGGCGGCGCCCUUGCAGAAGUGCUGAAGAAGUGUCUCUAGAGAAAUAGUUGGAAUUGUUUGUUAAUUUCACGGCAACUAGCUUACAACGUCGACGCACAUUUGUGUCAGAAGACCACACGACAAGCGUCAUUGACAGCUCGAGCCUGACAGCGCGUGGCGUGGUUGUGGCAGAGUGUCCGUGUGAAGAUGGGCCUCGUCUCGAGCCCCUUCCCAUAGCAAAGAGCAGCCGUGGGGAGAGAAACCGCAGAUUUCCCUGCAAACACAUACCGGUCGAACUUGGACCUGUCGGGUUCGACAUCGUUUACAAAUUGUGGACGCUACCGUACAAUUUUCUUUCAAGAAUUAUCUGUUCGACCGCGUCUAUAAUAGUCAGGAGACGGAGAGGUAUCCCACCCCGUAUCGAAAAGGAUUCUACCGUGCCAAGGGCCCUGAUGAAAAUGGAUUCGGAACUGCUGCACUCGCCGGCCGUGUGUCUGGCUGAGGAGGAGGAGGCGGACACGAGCGACUGGAACCUGCCGCUGGCCUUCAUGAAGAAACGCCACUCAGAGAAGAUCGAGGGCUCCAAGGCCCUGGCCCAGAGCUGGAGGAUGAAGGACCGGAUGAAGACAGUGAGUGUGGCCCUGGUGUUGUGUCUCAACGUGGGGGUGGACCCUCCUGACGUGGUCAAGACGUCACCCUGCGCUAGACUGGAGUGCUGGAUCGACCCUCUGUCCAUGAGUCCACAGAAAGCCCUGGAGACCAUCGGAGCCAACCUACAGAAGCAGUACGAGAACUGGCAGCCCCGGGCACGUUACAAGCAGAGUCUGGACCCCACCGUAGACGAGGUGAAGAAGCUGUGCACAUCCUUGAGACGCAAUGCCAAGGAGGAGCGUGUCCUCUUCCACUACAAUGGACACGGGGUCCCCCGACCCACCGUCAACGGAGAGAUCUGGGUCUUCAACAAGAACUACACCCAGUACAUCCCUCUGUCUGUGUACGACCUCCAGACGUGGAUGGGCAGCCCCUCUAUCUUCGUUUACGACUGCUCCAACGCUGGCAUCAUCGUCAAGUCUUUCAAACAGUUCGCCCUGCAGAGAGAGCAGGAGUUGGAGGUGGCAGCCAUUAACCCCAACCACCCCCUGGCCCAGAUGCCUCCCCCCUCCAUGAAGAACUGUAUCCAGCUGGCUGCCUGCGAGGCUUCAGAGCUACUGCCCAUGAACCCUGACCUCCCCGCUGACCUCUUCACCUCCUGCCUCACCACGCCCAUCAAGAUCGCCCUGCGCUGGUUUUGCAUGCAGAAAAGUGCCAAGCUGGUGCCAGGAGUGACGUUGGACCUCAUUGAGAAGAUACCUGGGAGACUGAAUGACAGACGCACCCCUCUGGGAGAGCUCAACUGGAUCUUCACUGCUAUCACUGACACUAUCGCCUGGAACGUGCUGCCCAGAGAUCUGUUCCAGAAGCUCUUUCGUCAGGACCUGUUGGUGGCCAGUUUAUUCCGCAACUUCCUGUUGGCCGAGAGGAUAAUGAGGUCAUACAACUGCACCCCUGUCAGCAGUCCGCGCCUGCCACCUACAUACAUGCACGCCAUGUGGCAGGCAUGGGACCUGGCUGUGGACAUCUGUCUCUCUCAGCUGCCUACCAUCAUUGAGGAGGGCACCGCCUUCAGGCACAGUCCGUUCUUUGCAGAGCAGCUGACAGCGUUCCAAGUGUGGCUGACCAUGGGAGUGGAGAACAGGAACCCCCCCGAACAGCUCCCCAUCGUACUGCAGGUCCUCUUGAGUCAGGUUCACAGGCUGAGAGCGCUGGACCUGCUCGGCCGCUUCCUGGACCUGGGUCCCUGGGCCGUCAGUCUGGCCCUCUCCGUAGGGAUCUUCCCCUACGUGUUGAAGCUGCUACAGAGCUCUGCGCGGGAGCUCCGACCCCUGCUAGUCUUCAUCUGGGCUAAGAUCCUGGCUGUGGACAGCUCAUGUCAGGCAGACCUGGUAAAGGACAACGGACACAAGUACUUCCUGUCUGUCCUGGCCGACCCCUACAUGCCUGCUGAGCACCGCACCAUGGCUGUCUUUAUCCUGGCUGUGAUUGUCAACAGCUACACCACAGGCCAGGAGGCCUGUCUGCAGGGGAACCUGAUAGCCAUCUGCCUGGAGCAGCUCUCUGACCCUCAUCCCCUGCUCCGUCAGUGGGUGGCCAUCUGCCUGGGACGCAUCUGGCAGAACUUUGACUCGGCCCGCUGGUGUGGUGUCAGGGACAGUGCCCACGAGAAGCUCUACAGCCUGCUGUCCGACCCCAUACCUGAGGUGCGCUGUGCGGCGGUGUUUGCCCUGGGGACGUUUGUGGGGAACUCGGCCGAGCGGACGGACCAUUCUACGACCAUCGACCACAACGUGGCCAUGAUGCUGGCACAGCUCAUCAACGACGGCAGCCCUGUGGUCCGCAAGGAGCUGGUGGUGGCUCUGAGUCACCUGGUGGUUCAGUACGAGAGUAACUUCUGCACCGUGGCCCUGCAGUUCAUGGAGGAGGAGAAGAACUACCCUGUACCCUCACCUGCCAACACCUUAGAGCCCUGUAACCUGACUCCAGUGCGCGACAGCCCGGCCAUCCCGCGGCUGCGUUCAGUCAACUCCUACACCAACAUCAGAGCUGCCACCACCGCACGCAACCUCAACAAGAGCCUGCAGAACCUCAACCUCAACGAAGAGGGUGGUCCGGUGACGUUCUCACCAGGUAACCUGAGCACCAGCAGCAGUGCCAGCAGCACCCUUGGUAGCCCUGACAACGACGAGUACAUCCUCUCCUUUGAGACCAUCGACAAGAUGAGACGAGUCUCCUCCUACUCUUCCCUCAACUCCCUCAUAGGGGUGUCGUUCAACAGCGUUUACACACAGAUCUGGAGGGUUCUCCUGCACCUGGCGGCCGACCCGUUCCCAGAGGUGUCCGACUUGGCCAUGAAGGUCCUCAACAGCAUCGCCUACAAGGCCACUAUGAACGCUCGGCCCCAGAGGAUCCUGGACUCUGGCUCUCUCACCCAGUCGGCCCCUGCCAGCCCCACCAGCAAGGGGGCACACAUCCACCAGGCAGGUGGUUCUCCCCCCAUGCCCAGUGCCAGCAGCUCCAGUCUGACUAACGAGGUGCCCAAACCCCGACACGCGGAGGUGAACAGCCCCCCCGCGACCCCCUACACCCCCACGCUGGGCGGACAGGCCCCCCACUCCCACCAGUUCCCCCGCACGCGCAAGAUGUUCGACAAGGGGCCCUCCGGCUCUGAACAGGCCGGGGAUGAUGCAGAUGACCCAGGAGGUCACAAGGCCUACAUGAAUGCCAACCUGUCUACAGGGCUGUGUGACUGGAGCGCCAAGUACUUUGCUCAGCCUGUUAUGAAGAUCCCAGAAGAGCAUGAUGUGGAGAGCCAGGUGAGGAAAGAGAGGGAGUGGAGGUUCCUGAGGAAUGCCCGCGUUCGAAAACAGAGUCAACGUAUCACGCAGAGAGGCGUGACACGUCUGGACGACCAGAUCUUCAUCAACCGUAACCCUGGCGUUCCCUCCGUGGUCAAGUUCCACCCCUUCAACCCCUGCAUCGCCGUGGCAGACAAAGACAGCAUCUGUUUCUGGGACUGGGAGAAGGCAGAGAGGUUGGACUAUUUCUACAACGGGAACCCUCGCUACACCCGCAUCACAGCUAUGGAGUACCUAAACGGACAUGACUACUCCCUGCUGCUCACUGCUACAGAUGACGGGGCGUUGCGUAUCUGGAAGAACUUUGCAGACCAGCGGAACCCCGAGAUGGUGACGGCGUGGCAGGGCCUGUCCGACAUGCUCCCCACCACCCGAGGUCAGCCCUCCUCCAGCGCCCACAGUCUGGCCAGGCGGGUCUCCAUCUGUCUGGACAGGAGUAAGGGACAGGGAGGUGCAGGCAUGGUGGUGGACUGGGAGCAGGAGACGGGGCUGCUGAUGACGUCUGGAGACGUGAGGGUCAUCAGGAUCUGGGACACGGAGAGGGAGAUGAAGGUUCAGGACAUCCCAACAGGGGCAGACAGCUGUGUGACUUGCCUAUCAUGUGACUCACAGCGGUCUCUCAUCGCAGCGGGGCUGGGCGACGGCUCGGUCCGCCUCUAUGACAGGAGAAUGGGCGCCAACGAGUGUCGUGUGAUGACAUACAGGGAACACUCAUCCUGGGUGGUCAAGGCCCACCUGCAGAAGCAGACGGACGGCAAAAUCAUUAGUGUCAGUGUCGAUGGAGACGUGCGGUUCUUCGAGCUGCGGUCGCCGGACUCUGUGAACGUGCUGCAGACGGUGAAGGGGUUAACGGCGCUGGACAUCCAUCCACAGGCCAACCUGUUUGCCUGUGGAUCGAUGAACCAGUUCAUAGCCGUGUACAACUCCAACGGUGACGUGAUCAGCAACAUCAAGUAUUAUGAUGGUUUCAUGGGCCAAAGGAUCGGGGCCAUCAGCUGUUUGGCCUUCCAUCCCUACUGGCCCCACCUGGCGGUGGGCAGCAACGACUACUACAUGUCAAUCUACUCAGCGGAGAAGAGGCUCAGAUAACCCCUCAGCGUCAACCCCCCCUUGAACUUUACCUUUGACCCCUGACCUCUCUCCCCUCGUGAGCCAGGAUGUAAAUGACUUCUAAUGUACAUAUGCCAUUGUUACCACCCCUGAAUGUUCUAUAGUGAUGGCUGCUGACAAACUCGUGUUAUGAUGUUGACUGAUUAUCUGAUUAUUCUUGAUCGUUUUAUUCAUAUUCUCAUUAUGAAGCUAUUGAUUGUAGACUUGGCAGUGCUGAGGAGUGUGUAUAUUUAAUUGCGUGUAUACAGAGAUGAAUAAUAGGUCUAUUUUAAAGGUUCCAGCCUUGGCUGGGGGAGACAGGCGGUGUCGCUACCUGAUUGAACUCUGAGUGACCUCUACAUUACCUUUCUUUGACCUCUAUGCAUCGGGGUCAAGAGGCUAUCGAGAGAUGGACAAUUCCCUCUCUCACACACGACUCUGGACCUGAAAGGCGUGGCUCACGGACGCCCGCACAACCCUUAUUGAUAGCC